GUAAGCAUGUAAACAUGAUCGGUAGAAACUUCGAAGCUUCUAGUACGCUUCUAGUAAUGGCAAAGUAGCUUCAAGUGUCACUUAGAAGGAGCCUUUACUGUUCACUUCGAGGUAAAAGCAACGUGGGGCUCUCUCAAUGGAGAUAACAUGGGAAUCUUCACUGUUGACUGACUGACGUGACGCGCGUAAAUUUACAUGUGCGCUGUGCUGUGUGUUGUGUCGUCCUUUGUUUGUUUCCCGGCACGGUUUUUUUGUUUAGAUCGCUUUCAAAGUGUAAAUCUACAUACUCCUUGUUAUUAUUAUUGACGAGAUCUUUUGUUCGAUGCUAACAUACUGGUCCAGGAUCGUCUGGGACGAACAAGAAUUGCGGAUAAGCACCCGGAACAGAACAACCUCAAGGAACAGGACACAGACACCGUGCACAAGCAAGUGUGAAAAACGAGGCUUCAUCUUCAGAAAAUGAAUCCCGGAGCAGACACGAUGCCAGAUCAUAGGCAUGUGCCGCGCUGAGGUGCCACAAAAAGAGAUCGCCCAAAACAUUGGCUGCUCGGUGGCUACUGUUAAUAGAGUCAUAAACGCAUACCGGAGGGAGGGAAGGAGAAAGGAUACGACCACCUAAGGCCACUGCUGCUCAAGAAAUUCAGAGCAUACUGGAGAAGUGCAGCGACGACUCGUUCAAGACGUCAGUCGAUAUCAAACGGGAAACGGUAGUGGCAGCAUCCGCGUGGACCAUUCAGCGGCAGCUCAGAGAGAGGGGCCUGGAAAGUCUGGUCGCUGUACAGAAACCGUUAUUUUCUGAAGCUCACUCACAGGAGUGCCUGGAGUUCGCAAAUGAUCACUUAGACUGGAACAUAAACAACUGGGCCAACGUUAUCUUCUCUGAUGAGGCGAUGUUUAGCACACGCUGGCACAAGACCCGUCAUGUUUGGCGUCCGCCGCGGACAAGGUUCAUUCCCCGCUAUGUGCACCUCGUUCUUCAGAGCGGUCGAGGAUCCGUUUGUCUGGGGCUGUGUUUCAGCACAUGGCCUUCGACCUCUUGUGAGGAUUACUGGAAGGUUUACGUCGCGCGCGUAUGUUGAGAUCAUUCGAAGCCAUCUUGUCCCCUACGCGCUGGACGGCCCUUUUCCCGAUGGCUGCUACAUUUUUCAGCAUGAUCGAAGCCUGGUGUACAUGUGAGGCAUGACCAAGACAGAACUAGAAGACCUCAGCAUUCGUCAGAUGGAAUGGCCUGCCCAUAGCCCGGAUAUCAAUAUACAGUAAUCGAAAGCCUGUGGGGCAUCAUGAAAGCAAGAAUGUCAGCUAGAAGGCAGCCCCUGCGGAGCUCAGAGGAGAUCACAACCAUGCUCCUGCCGUUGCCUGUGCAAAGGAAGACAGGCUGCGGGCGAGGCUGCGGGCUGAAAGACCGAGCAUGGGAGGAGCCUCACCUGCCUGCCCCUGACAUUUACGAGCAGGAGCUUGUAUCCCUGGACAGAGCACACGUUGGUGAUGACGUACUCCAGAGUCUGUCCUCCUACAACACCAUACAGGGUAUAAUCUACCGUGAAAAGAGGAGGAACCAGCCACCCUUGCCACAAACUGCUGCAGAUCUUCAGCUGAGUGGUCACUACAGUGAGACUGUGAAUGGGAGGAGGUUUCUGCUCUUCAGUGAGGAGAACAAUGGCCAAUGUACGUUGUGCUUCUCCACUGAAGAGCACCUUCUUCUGCUUGCGGAGAGCCAUGAGGUUUUCGUGAAUGGCACGUUCUUCACCUGUCCACAUAUUUUUGGUCAAAUAUUGACUAUUAGUGUGGACAAGGAUGGCAAGCACCUAAUUGUGGCUUUCUUCUUGAUGCCGGGAAGGAGCCGGGACAUCUACGAACGUGCGUUUCAACGGCUUUUGCAGGAAAUGCAAGAUCAAGACCUUGCAUUAUCCUUGGACCUGACGAGGAGCGACUUUGAGCAAGCGCUCAUUGGUGCGUUGCAGGCUGUGUUCAUGUCUGCCCGUCAUAGGGGGUGCCAUUUUCACUAUGGGCAGGCUGUAUGGCGCAACGUGCAGGCUUGUGGGCUAGCAGCGACAUACACACAAAAUGAAAAUCUGCGUGUAUUUGUGAGAAAGACUGUAAGCCUGGCAUUUGUGCGCAUGGCAUGGGGCCUACUCAAGGCUACUGCUCCCCAGGUGCUUGGGAUGGGGGCAUUUGUAGCUUAUUUUCAAAAUACAUGGAUGGACGGCCAGUACCCUCCACCGAUAUGGAACCAACAUGGGAACCGUGGUGCGCGGACCAAUAAUGCGACGGAAUCGUGGCACAGGAAACUCAAGAGAGUGGUGGGAAAACCCCACCCAAACAUCUAUACAUGCUUGGAGGCGCUCCGCUGCAUCGAAUCGGCACAAUGUGUGGGGCUCCUUCAAGCAGCAAAUGGUGCCACUCAACGACAACGAAAAAAAAAAUGGCAGAAGAAAGGUGCCGCAAUCCCCCGCCUCGAAGAAAAACUCCAGGCAGGGGAGAUUAUGAUGGAUGCAUUCCUCAGAAAAGGCCAACGACACUGCGGGUUGUAGUUGCUUACAACAUCAACACAUAUUUAUGUAAAUAGUGCAUCUGUAACCUAUAUAACUUUUAUUAAACUCACAAUCAUUUUUGGUGCUAUA